UAACGUGGGGGCGGGGCCAGCCACACUGGGGUCUCCAGUCCGCCCCGAGAGAGUUCCGGCGGCAAUCAGCGCGCGGAUGCUGCAGGUUCACAUCCCUUCUGUGGGACCCGAGGCCGAGGGGACCCGGCAGAGCCCCGAUAGAGGGCACAUGGUGUUCCGAGUGGAGGUGCUGUGCCGCGGGCGCAGACAUACCGUGCAGAGGCGCUACAGCGAGUUCCACGCGCUGCACAAGCGGAUCAAGAAACUAUACAGAGUUCCCGACUUCCCCUCGAAACGCCUGCCCAACUGGAGGACCAGAGGAUUGGAGCAGCGGCGGCAGGGCUUGGAGGCCUAUAUCCAGGGCAUCCUAUACUUGAACCAGGAUGUGCCCAAGGAACUACUGGAAUUCCUGAGUCUUCGGCACUUCCCCACAGACCCCAAGGCCAGCAGCUGGGGCUCACAGCUGUGCCACAGGCCAGUCAUCAGCUUCUGCGUGGACCCUUACAUUUGCAUCCCCCCCCCAGGGCCUCUGCCUGACAUGGUGGUGAAUGGCGUGCUCCAGGGCCUCUACGGCUUCAGCACCAGCACAGCUAAAACCGAGCCAGAGGAUGCCUGUCACCCUGCUCCAGUGCCACUGACGCCCUGACCAGCCCAGAGGCCCUUAGGCCACCUGCCAGGACAGUCAUGUGCCUCAGUCCUGUGAAAGGGACAUAGGCUGUGUUGCCCUUGGCUUGGAUCCAGAACUCACCACCCCUCCAGGCUCAGCACUGAGCUGCACGGGUAGCUGGGGCGUAGAACUCCUGCAUCUUAGAACCCAGGGGCCAGGGCGGGGACAAUAGAGGAAAGGGAGAAGGUUACAGGUGUAUUUCUUCACCUCUAUCGGGAGCAGGGGAGGGGACAUGCAAGGUUGAGGCACAGGAGCUGGCAAAGUUUUAGAAGCAAAGCUCCUGCUUGACGUUUUGUGUGUAGCACCUGGGGAGAGGUGCUGGGUUUAGACUUGGGGGGGGGCAGAACCCAGCCCAUACGCAGGUUAUAAAAAACCACCUUUUUUUAAUUGGUCAGUGUUGACAGGAGUUUGUUACAAAACCGGGCCCUCCGGCCGUGGAAUGUGAGGGGAGGGGUCCGCUCCGACGGAUGCUGGCACUCGGGCCAGAGCGGCAUGGAGCCCUGUGGCGCCCAGCACUGUCUUCACCUCCAGGAGGGCAACAGGGCUGCACAGACAGUCGCUCAAAGGGAAGAGGUGCCCGGGGGUCCUACUCCUUGGCGAUGGCAAAGGGCUUCUCCACCUCGAUCUUGCCACAGUCUGCGAUUGUCACAUCCUUCAGGGGCUUGUCCCGACCAUCUGUCUUGGUGCUCUCCACCUUGCGAACUACCUCCUGGGGAGGAAGGCAGAGUGUCAAGGGGUCUGCCGCGCAGCGGAGACGGGCCCCAGUGUACGGUAGGGGAGGGCUGAGGGCCACCUGGGGUACCACCCAGGUUGGACUAAGGGUGAGGAGGAGGAAGAGGGUGGCUGGGGAGUGGGUACCAAGUGGCUUGGCAGGGACAGCAUGCUUGGCUGUGCCCUGUACACUUAAGGUGGUGCCAGGACAUGACUGAGUUCCGUAAUUGUGCCACCUCGCUGAACCUCUGCCUGGGACCUGGAAGGAUUCGGAACUUGGGGGCAUAGAGAAGUAGGCUGCUUUCCAUCACCCCCAGGUUUGUGGAAAUAAACACGGGGCUGCAUCUGUGGUUCCCUAAUGGGAAAGAGCUAAAAAUAUAUGCAUCCCCUGCCCUGGGGUCUGUCGGGUCCCUGGUGAGCAUGGCCCAGCCUUAGCCCCUGUCUCCAAACUCACCAUGCCCUCGAGAACUUUGCCGAACACCACAUGCUUGCCAUCUAACCAGGCUGUCUUGACCGUUGUGAUGAAGAACUGGGAGCCAUUGGUGUCUUUGCCCGCGUUGGCCAUGCUCACCCAGCCGGGCCCAUAGUGUUUCAGCUUGAAGUUCUCGUCGGGAAAGCGUUCACCAUAGAUGCUCUUACCUGCGAAGAUAGACUAGGUCAGGGGAGCUGGGGCAGCCCAAACAAAGCAGUUCCCUGGGGGUGAGGAUUCCAGAGGCUUUGACUUGUCCUCCGUGGCCAGCCAGGCCCACAUGAGUACAAGGACAGGCAAGAGUUCCCUUCCCGCCCGCUGGCUUGGAGCCAAGCCAUGCUGACAGCCCACCAGGGGAAAGACCGGGGGGAGGGGGGCAGUGGGAGAGGGAUUUAGUCCACAGCUCACAUGCCGAUUACUGUGGGAAUGUUUUAUAGCUUUCAAAUACGGCAGAUUUUAACUAUCUGCAGUGGGGGCCUGAGAGGCCUGCUGAUCAGCUUUUCUCCCUAAGAGCACAAAAGAUACAGAGGAAGCUCCAAAGCAGAGAGAGGGUACAUGGGGAGGGGCCACCCUUGAAUUUUGGAAAGUCAAGAGCCUCUGAUCAAAGAAGGAACCAAAAAUAAAAGGUGAUUUUGAGUGUG